AUGCAACUAGCAAUGGGUUUGAAUGCGUACCACGAGUUUGUAAAUUUUUCAUUCGCUGAUAAAUCAUCGUUGUCUAAAGUCUUAACAGACGUUUCAGCGUCUGUAAAAACUGUAGCAGUUGAACAUGCUGUUGAUAUCAUUAAGCAGAUUCGGGAUGCUGAUACUCUCGAUAUGCCAAGGAAAGCAAGAGUAUCUGUGAAUGACGCUGUGGAAGUGAUAAAAGAAUUUAUUAUAGCAGGAAAUUUCAAAGACAAUAACUUUCCAAUCAAAAGCUCAGAGAUAUGGAUUCAGAUGAGUCUCCGGUUUGAUAAUAAAUGGAGUGCAAGAGAUGUAUAUCGAGAAGUAAGAGAAGACAGAAGAAAAAUUCUCACAAAAGCUCGCGAACAAGUUGGCGUUCCUGUAAUUAAUACUAAUUCAAGUAGCAUGUUGUUUGAAGAAGAUAUUUUAUCUGAUAUGGAGAGUGAAAAUUUGUCCGAUUCUGGUGACAGUGACUGGGAAGCUCCAGGAUUGGAAACAGUUUUACUUUCUAUUUCCGAAGAACUUUUCAAAAUUUUACAUGAGCGAGAACCUGUGUGCUAUAAAAAAAGGAACUACACAAUAUUAGAGCGUUUCAAAUGGACAGGUAUAUUGGCCGAAAAAAUUUAUUUGCUUACUCAUAUGCCUUGCUCUUUUGCAUUUAAAAAUUGUAAAAUUUAUCCUGAUGAAGGAAGUGUUCAUUAUUUGACUAUACGAGGGAAAUGCCAAAGUAAAGUAUGCGGCAAUAAAAUUUUUUGUUUUUUGGAUAAAAAGCCGUCGAAUUUUCCUUGUGAUCUCCGAAUUAGAACGAAGGAUACGUUUGCCCAGCCCCAUGAAGAUAUACGUAGACCAACUCGUAAAUUUGAACGGCUCAAGAUUGGAGAACAAGCACUUAAUGAAGGAGUUGGGAACUACACAAAACGUCAAGCUGCUCUACAUGCGCAAACAAAUAAACGUCUACCCCCUAUCCUUCCAAAACAAAACAUUGUUAGACAGUGUAAAAAUGAAUUCAUCCAUUACAAACUAGGUGUAAAGCCAGAAGAUGGACGCGAUGUCAGAGAUAAGUUUUAUGUCAUAUAUAGCACACGGAAUCAAUUAGUAUCAUAUAAACGUUAUUGUCGAUUGAAUAAAAUAUCUCGAGUAGCUAUUGAUGGUACUGGUAGUAUCAUACAACCAAUAACUUACCUUAAUGGAGAAAAAUCUGGUCACAUAUUUUUAUACGCCAUCGUUAUUAAUUUUAAUAAAAAAAGUCACUCUGUUCAUCAAUUAUUGACAGAAUGUCAGAGUACACAAACUUUAAUCUGCUGGCUAAAAUCUUGGCUUUAUAUGGGAGCACCUAAGCCAACAGAAGCCUGCUGUGAUAGUUCUAGAGCAUUGAUUAACGCGCUCUCAUUCGCAUUUAAUGAUCUAUCAAUAAAAACAUAUAUUGAUACUUUGUAUCUACGAGCUAUUGGUGACACAUCUCACAUUUCUAGACCAUCAAUUUCGACCUUUAUUCGUCUUGAUGUUGCUCAUUUUGUACACAUGAUAAGUGAAUGGAAGUGUUUAAAAAAUCAAAAAAAUUCACUAGUUAAAAAAUUUUAUCUGUAUGGUGUAGCUCUCAUGAUAGAUAGUCAAAAUGUUGAAGAAUUUGAGAAGAUAUUUAGACUAAUCUGUAUUGUUACCAUGAAUGAACGUGAUGAUUCAAUUAUGAAAAGUACUGGACAAACAGUGGCCCAAGCCCGACAUCAGUUGAAAAUAUUUAUCGCAACUAGGGAUCUCUCUCUAAUUGUUAAUAAGUUGGAGUCAAAAGAAAUUGACGAAACUAAAAUAAACAAUGAUCCAGAUAAAGAAGAAGAUCAAAAAUGGAGCGAGAACUCAAGCGAACCUAGCCCUGUCAAAACAUUUAUAAACAAUAUCUAUAAAUCAGCAAAGGAUAUCAAAACAUUGGGCAAAGCUGCUAAUGCAUAUUAUGCUGAAGAUUUUAUGAAAGAAUUUUUGGCGAAAGCUUAUGAAUUUCCAUUGUGGACGUCUGCAUGUUUUCCUAACCAAGUUGAACAUGCAACAACUAGCUACGUUGAGCAAUUUUUCGGAAAUAAAAAAGAAAGAAGCUUGAUAAAAUGGAACAGUUUAGUACGUGCAGAUGUUUUUUUAAAACAUGAGUAUCAAGAAUAUACUGGAAAAAAAAAUUAUGAUUCCUCUGAUAAUUUAAAACAAAAUAACAUUAAUCAAAUAUUCAAUAAUGACAAAUUAGUUGAUAAUACUAGUAUUAUUAUAAACGACUCCGACAAAAACAUUCCAUUCACUUCUACACCUGAAAAAAAUUUUGACAUUGAUUUAAAUAUUCAAAUAAAUAGUCUAGAAAAUAGUGAACAUCUAAAAAAUGAUUCUAAUGAUUUAAAAAAUAGUGAUGGACUUUAUCAAAAUGAAAGUAGUGAUUCUUUAAAAGAUGUUGAAAAAUCGGUGACUGAUUGUAAUUUUACAUUAAGCAAUAUGUCUGAUGGAAUACUUUUGAGUAGUAUAGACUUUGAAGAUGGGACUAACGACAAGCUACCGUCUACUGCAAUAGAUGAAAAUAAUAGAAAAAUAAUUAAAGAUAUUUCUAAAAAUGAAGAAAAAAUAUUGGAUGAUUCUGAUUUGAUUGCAGUUGAUAAUUGGAGAAAUAAAGGUCGACAAUCUCGUUAUGAUUACCACAAUUCUUUGAAUAGCAGUGACGAAGAGAAUGACAAAUCAGCUGUAAAAGUAUUUGAAAAAAAAAUCAUUGCGUCACCUAAAAAAUUAGCAGUUUACAAUAGCAGUGACGAAGAGAGUGACUUAUCAGCUGUAUUUGAAAAAAAAAUUACAGCAUCACCUAAAAAAUUAACAGUGAUAAAUAGCAGUAACGAAGAGAAUGACAUAUCAGCUGUAAAAGUAUUUGAGAAAAAAAUUAUAGCAUCACCUAAAAAAUUAGAAUUAUUACCACAAAAAAACAUUUUGAAUAAAUUGUGCAAAGCAAAUGCCACAGAAAGUAAUCGAAAACAUCUAGGUUUCCACUUCCUGCAGACACCUGAUAUCUUAGACCAAACAAUAACCCCGGAAAACACUAAUAAGACUAGUACAUUUGACACUAAAAAGAAAAAAAAGUUGGGAAUUUUACAAAAUGGUAAUAAGCGGAACCCCAUAUCUCUAAAAGGAAUUAAUGUUUUAUUAUUUAAUACUUGUGCGAUUGAUUCGAUUAUACAUGUUCUAGCUGUAACUGGAAAAGAUGAUCCGCAGUUUCUAAAAUAUAUGAAAGAGAAUUCAAAUCAAACAAUGAAAUUUAUUUGUGAAUUUAUUGAUAAAGGACCAGUCACAUCAGUAUAUAAAAGUCGAACAGUGUUAUUAUCUCAGUUAUUUAAAGAUAGAAUUGUAGAAAAAAAUAAAGAAUCUGUUUUAUAUGCGAAUGAGAUAGAUAUGUGGUCUAGUAUUUUUGAUAUAUGGACAAGAUGUUUUCCUAAUUCUGCGUGUUUUAAUCACGAUUGUAGAAUAUGUGGCUUGCAUAAAGUACCUGUACCAAUGGUACAGGUAAACCAUAAAAUAUUAUGGGAAGGUGGAUAUAGUAAACUUGAAGAGUCGAUAUCUACAUUUGAUUCCAAGAUACGGUGUACAAAAUGCAAAUUAACUAUGAUUAAUCGGUCACUGUUAUUCAAUAGAUGUAUUUGCAUUGAACUAAAUGUUCAAAAAUUGAAAAGUGGGCCGUUAACAUGCAAACUAAGAGAUAUGCCUGCAAUUAUUCAAUUAAAUAAUUUUAAUUAUCGGUUGCGAGGAAUAAUAGAAUGUGAGGCAGGUCAUUUUAAAUCAUAUUGUAGAAGAGGCCAGAAUUAUUGGAGCUUAUAUGAUGAUAAAGCAACGACUGCAACAAAAGUUUUAUCUUCGAAAGAUGUAAAACCUGAUGCCGUUAUUUUUACAAGAAUUCUGUAA